CCCGAGCCGCCUCCUCCCCAGGGGGGGCAAUGACAGCGGCUCCGGGACCCUCCCCGCAGCAGAUCAGGGACCGGCUGCUGCAGGCCAUCGACCCCCGCAGCAACCAGAUACAUAACAUGGUGGCGGUACUGGAAGUGAUCUCCAGCUUGGAGAGAUACCCUAUUACCAAAGAGGCCCUUGAGGAAACAAGGCUGGGCAAGCUGAUUAAUGAUGUGCGGAAGAAAACGAAGAACGAGGAGCUGGCCAAGCGUGCAAAGAAACUGCUGCGGAAUUGGCAGAAGCUGAUCGAGCCCGUCACACCAAACGAGGCUGCCUCGAGGGGGUUAUCCAACCCACCUGGGUCAGCAAAUGGCGGAGCUCACAAUUGCCGCACGGAGACCCCUCCUGGGGCUGUGGUGGGAACCAAGCCCAUUCACGAUGGGAAGAACAGGAACGACGUCCAAAAGUUGAACUCUCCAAAACCAGAGAAGCCAGGGAACCGGAAGCGGAGAGGCGAACCCCACGAUGGCCACCAGGGCCCUCCUCUGCCGAAAGUCUCCAAAGCCAGCUGUGAAGUAUUACAGAACUCUUCCCCGCCCCCCACCAAUGGGAUUGGGGGGAGCCCGGAGAGUUUCCCCAGCCCGCCAGAGGUGGCCACGCUGCCUGGGCCAGAAGGGAGCCGAGUGGAGCUGGGUGAAAACGACAAGCCCAGCAAGAUCCCCGUGAACGCGGUCAGGCCCCACCCCAGCUCUCCAGGCCUCUUCAGACCCUCUGGGACGUCCUCGUUGCUCAAGACCGCAGUGAUGCAGCAGGAGAAAGUGGAGGAGGCGGCCGGCCAGCCCCGGAGCCCCCGUUGCUCCUCGUUCAGCCCCAGGAGCGUCAGGCUGGAAACAUUUGCUCGGCAACAUGCCACGUGCUCUCCGAAGGGCUCCAUGCCGGCUGCGUCUCUGCGGCCUCCCCUCCCGGAUGCUUCAGCAGCAGUACCCCUAUCGCCGCCUCUUCCUCUGACACACCCGUCAACGCCGCCGGCACUGGCCAGGAGGCUGGAGGCGUCGCAGCAGGUGGGCCCGGAGUCACCUCUGCACUCCCAAGAGCAGCAGGCAGCGCCCGAGGGUCAGCCCUGGCUGGGCGCAGGAGUGUCCCCUGGCGGUGGGGGUGGCCUGCACCUGGCGGAGUCCCUGGCUGGCUUUUCGCCGGACGCCUCCAAGAUGGACAGCGACAGCACCGCGUCAGGGUCCGACAGCAAAAAGAAGAAAAAGUACCGGCCCAAAGACUACGUGGUCAACUUGGACGGGCAGGCGCUAGAAGCGGGUGUCAAGCCUGUCCGGUUAAAAAAGGAGAGGCGGCUCACCUUCGACCCCAAGACGGGUGAAAUUAAACCUCUAACGCAGAGGGACUCUCUGCAGGCGGACCUCCCUGCUCUUGCCCAGCAGCACAGGACAGACCCGGGCAGGCCGGAGCAAGCCCCGCCCCUGCUGCAGAGCCCCUUCGAACAAACUAACUGGAAAGAGUUGUCCAGGAAUGAAAUCAUUCAGUCCUACUUGGAUAGGCAGAGUACCUUGCUGUCCUCUUCGGGAGUGCAGACUCCAGGGGCCCCCUACUUCAUGUCUCAAUAUUUAAAGCAAGAGGAAAGCACUAGGAGGGAAGCCAGGAAGACCCACGUCCUGGCUCCCGUCAGCAGCAAACCCACAAACUUGCCUGGGGUGACCCGAGAGGUGACAAGGGAGGACCUCGACAGGAUAUCUGACCACCAUUGGCCGGGUGUGAAUGGUUGCUAUGAUACACAGGGUAACUGGUAUGAUUGGACGCAGUGCAUAUCGCUAGACCCACACGGGGAUGACGGGCGCCUGAACAUCCUGCCUUACGUCUGCCUAGACUGAGUACAGUUUUGCUAAGAUGCUUUUUACACUGGCAGAUAGUAAAACGGGCAGGUGCUGAACCACCCCCCCACC